AUGGAGGUGCCGAGCGCUCAAUUCUUUCCGCAUGGAUUCGAAGGGAGGCUGGAGAUGCAAAACUCGUGGGUGCCCGCGGGCGAAGUACCCAUGGCUGACGACUUCUGUCAAUUCAAUCUGGCAUGCAGGCCGUUCAUUGAGCUGAAGAUUGUCUUGUGCAACGAUGUAUACACGGGCAACAGGCAGGCAAUCAGCUACGAGGAGGCAGAACAGGCCGUCUCAAUGCCUGAUGCGAAGCCCACGCUAGGAGCCAUUUGUGCACACUUGGACAACUUCGAAGCCGCGCUGAAACCGGUACCUCGGUUGGGGAACUUUUGGGUGAGCCCCAGAUGA